AUGACACUGGGACAGCAGCUGUCAGAAAACCACGGCGGUGAACCCGAGCCACUUCCAGGGUCGCUAUGGCACUGGCUUUCCGAAGCAGGUUCUUCCAAUCCAAACAAUCUCGCGCUGGUAGUCGAUAACAAAGGCAAACCCACCGUAACAUGGACAUAUGCUCAGCUCAUUGAUCGAGUCGAGAAGUUGGCCUCAUACUUCACGGCACAGAACGUGGUAGCUGGAGACACCAUCUUCACCUUUAUUGACAACACCGAAGCCGAUGUCUGGACGCUCCUCUUCUGGACCGCCGUCAGGAUUGGUGCGAUCUUCGCACCUGAAAAUCCACACACAUUGGGGCGUCCGCAGGAGACGAGGAAGUUGAUUGAGACUCUCAGGCCUGCAGUCGUGGUCGUGCAGGACUUCGAUGGAUCAAGACGGUAUGAGGAAUAUGGACACGAGCCGAAAGUGAGACUCUUGUGCAACGAGCUGUCUAAAGCUGGUACAAGCUCUUCUUGGCUGCCGAUGCACUCGAUCCAAGACUUGCAGGCUGCAACGAACCCAGCACCGCAUCACACUCGCUCAUCGGAAUCGACUGCACUGGUAAUGAACACCUCAGGCUCAACUUCUCUUCCAAAAAGCUGUCCAAUCACCACCCGUGCCUUCGUUAUUCAGACUAGACAGUACCACUCCUUCCAUCGGUCAAACUACACCCCUCGGACAAGGACUCUGACACUGGCCUUCUGCUACCGGCCAAUAUGCUACCUCGGUUGCCUCAACACCUGGCAACGUGGUGGGACCGUGAUCUUCGCGGGCUCCAAUAUCGAUGAACAGAGGACUGUAGAGGUGGUGAGGAAGUGGAAGGUCACGCAUGCGUGGUUCGUGCCGGCUAUGGUCAAUUUGCUCUCUGCUUAUCACGACGAAAAGCAAAGCAGGGGCCAGGGACUGGAAAGUCUGGAGUUUGUACUGAUGAGUGGAGAUGCCAGUGCUUUGAGCACAGUCGAGAAAGCGAAAGCGUUCUUACCCGACUCUUGCAAAUUCGCGCCACAUUGGGGUAUGAGCGAAGGCGCACCGCUAUUCGGCUUCACGGAAGAGGAACCGCUCCAUCUCGACAAGGACUCCAAGAUCGUUGGCGCUGGGAGAGCAUUACAUGGUUCCAGACUCCGAGUCUGCAAGUCCAACACCACAACUCCUGUCCCCAGAAGAACGCAAGGAGAGUUCCACGUCUCAUCCGACGCAACGAUCACUCAAUACCUCGAGAACCGCAAUCCCGAGGACUUCUACAAUGACGAAUACGGACGCUGGUUCAAGACAGGCGAUGUCGCCCUCAUGGAUGAAUCCGGUGUCAUCUACAUCAUCGGCCGGACGAAAGACAUUAUCGUCUACAAGGGACGGAACAUCGUGCCUGCCGUGAUUGAGGGGUGUAUAAAGGAAGGAUUUCCGGGCGUCGAGGCUGUGUGUAUUGGUUUGGACGAUGAGGUCUAUGGCGCUGUGCCAGCUGUGGUCGUGCAAGAGCUGCGUGUGGGGAAGGAGGAUGUCGCGAAGGUUGUGGUUGAGAGGUUGGGGGCAUGGGCUGCUCUCGCUGGGGGAGUGUAUAGCUUGAAGGAUCUUGGUAUGGACGCUUGGCCGAUGAAUUCCAGUAAUAAGAUCGAUAAGAAGGGGCUGGUCAGCGCUGUGUUGAAGGCGAGAGAGUAG